UUUUCAUAUCCUAAGUUUCUGAUCAGUCAAGACGCCACUGUCAAUAGUCUCAAGUUUAGAGACAUUCUUUGUCUGCAUCUCUAGCCGCCACACUGGGUGAUCUGUCAGCCAGGCGCCCUUAGUAACCCCCUGCCCCUACUACGCGCUAUCGCGUUUCAACGAUUUGUUUUUCCUUGCAAACCUCCUCCAUCUCCUGAGCUACGAGCAAAUUUUCUUCCAACGUACAUUUUCGAUGGCGAUGCAAUAUUUCAACCAGAUCAAAAACCGGCGACGGUCAUCACUGAUCCCAAAUCCUCCAAAGCCUGUCCUGACUCCCGAGGACGAGGCAUUUCUACAAAAGGUUACCUCUGAUCCGGAGCAUAGAUCAGAUUCUGCGGCCCAAAAUGAGGCUCAGGAUUUGGGGGGCUUAGCAGAGAGCUCUCAGAAGCCUGUUGUCGAUGAUAGUGCCCUAGAUGUUCCAUUGCCGUCCUCGCCAGUAGAGGAAUUUGGAAAGGAGCUCGGCGAGGAAGAAAGAAAGGCACGAGAGCAGCCUGAAGACAACAGGACCAAGUCCGAGCCUGCAAAGCCAGAAGAUACCCCCGUGCCAGAGAAGAAGAAACGAUGGAGCUCGAUGUUCUCGAAGAAAGCCGCUGAUGCGAAGAAGAAUAAGCACUCAGCCUCUGCGGACAAGUCACAGACCGAGACGCCCACUCCCCCUUCCAUGACAGCAGCUGCAACAGAUAACGGAGACGAAGCGCGGAAGGACCAGGAAGACAUGACCGAUAUCCUGGAACGCUUGAACCUAGCUGCGGACAACAACCGAGUCUUCUCCGUCAGCGAUGAGACCCAGGAGCUACUCCGCAAGUUCAAGUUGAUCUUCAAGGAUUUGAUCAACGGUGUCCCAACAGCCUACCAUGACCUGGAAAUGUUGUUGACAAACGGCAACCGGCAAUUGCAAGACACAUACACGAAGCUACCCGGCUUCAUGCAGAAGCUUAUUCAGAAGCUUCCAGAGAAAUGGACCGAAUCGCUAGCUCCAGAGAUGCUCGCUGUCGCCAGUGAACGGGCCGGUCGGAGCGGAAUCAACAUGGAGAAUGUGGGCAAAGCAGCCGCCGUCGCUGAAAAGGCGGGCCUUAGUGUUCCAAGUCUCAAGGAACUUGUUUCCAAGCCCGCCGCGAUUGUCGGCAUGUUGCGUUCUAUCAUGCAAUUCCUACGGGCUCGUUUCCCAGCCGUGUUGGGCAUGAACGUCCUCUGGUCGCUGGCACUAUUCAUUCUGCUUUUCGUCCUCUGGUACUGCCACAAACGCGGCCGUGAAGUCCGCCUCGAGAACGAGCGUCUUGUGACGGAGGAAGAGAUCAGAAAGAUGAAUGAAGACAGCUCCGAGGGCCAGGGCCAGGGCCAGAUUCGCCCGACAGAGACUUUGACAACCACCGCACCGCAAGGUGCCUCGGCCGAGGAAGUGCGUGAGGGUGUGAAGAGAGUGGAAGAGGCCAGAGCUUCGGCGGUUGAUGUUGCGGCCGCCUCUGAUCCUGAGCUGGAGGCGCAGAGGGUAAACGAGGAGGCCCCUCGCCCUGCUGCGGUCCCGACGCGGUCGAAGUCGCGGUUGGCUAUCUGGACUCGAUCGAAGCCAGAACCGACGCCGAGUAAUAUCUCGCCUUAUCCCGGGACCUAAAGUCAAAAAGAGAUCCUCUUUCCCUGCAGGCUGGAUGGGCCGUCGGUACACAUGAUCCUAAUUAAGGUUACAGUGUAAAGAGAACACGGGACGGAAGUCUUUGGCUAUGCACAGCAACGAUGACGAUUUAUGGCCUAGUUUGUUAUGACGGUUGAUUGAAU